CGCGUCACGUGGCGCGGCCCGUUGAAUGAAUUUAUUGAAUGCAUUAUUUCCCCCCCCCCUCAAGCGGUGUUGCGACUCAACGGCCCGUGAUCCCUCCGCCAGCAAAAGAGUCCCCCCGGUCCACGCCGAGCCCUGCGGACCCCUCGAGGGAGACGCGGCGGCGCAGGAGGAAUCUGUGAUUACAGGAGCGAAGGCUGAGUGAAUGUUUCUUAAAAUAAAUCCCAAACAAUGCACAGACAACCCAAGAGUCCCCUGAAAGUUAAAGAAAAUGAGGGUGGCUGUCUCGAAGAGAAAGAUGAGGCCUCUUUCCCUCUGCCAAAAGACCAGAAGAUCUGCAAAGGGACGAAAUUCAGAGUCAUCAGAGCGUCCAAGAAGGAGAAUUUGAGCGAUGGGAACCAGGCCUGGUCACCCAAACGUGCCCUGAAAUCCCCCAAAGGCCUCGGGGAGGAAUUGUCCCCCCCCGAGGGGGAUCCCGGGAGCUGCCCCUUCCCUGGGGGCUGUUGUGGUGCCCUCCAAGGGGGUGUGGGCAGUGAACCCACCUUGCCUUUGAACAGGAAGGAGAGUUUGCCAGGCAGCAGGUCUGGUUCCUUGGGGAGUGAUUCCUGCUCCACUCCUGAGUGGGACAGAGCUGAAGGAAAACCUGAUUUGGGGACAUCUGAAGAGCUGAGGGAAAAACCCGUUGAUUUUGCUACUGUGACAAUUACUGAGUUUGGGAUUGCUCCAGAAAGUUUCACUAAACGAUGUAAAGCUCUGCUCUUGUCCCCCCUGGCAGGGAAUUCUCCCACCUCGCUGAAGUUUCGGCGCCGAUCGACCAUCGGCUUGCGGGGCUCCCCGGAGAACAACUCCCUCAUCCGCUACCUGGCCCAGCACAGGAGCAAGAGGCAAAAAGAACCUUUCACACAGAUUAGUCCUUUUAAACAUGUGAGUGUCAGGUCAUUGAAGGACAAGAUUGAAACCUUUCAAACAUCUUUUGAAUCCCUCCAAGAAGCUGAAGGGGAAACUGGACUCUCUGGGCUGUCCCACGGGGAUGAUUCUCAGGAAGGAGGCUCUUCUCAGAACAAAGUGCCUUUUAAAAAGGAGCCAAACCUGGAGCAGUGGAGUGAAAAGUUCCUGUUGGACAACAGUGGAGCUGAUUUGAAAGAGAAUUUUUGCAGGGAAAAUGUGACCAGGAGCAGUAAAUGUGACCCCAGGAUCUGCAGCAUCUUGUCUCCAAACCCAGCUGUGACUGAACCUGCUGCUCUACAGGAAUGGGUUUAUGGGCAAAAAAAUCCUUCUGAGUCCUUGGAGACUGUUACAAUUGGAGAUACCUUGGAAAGAGGCCAUGUUUUCAGGUCUGAGCCCACCCCUGCAGACACCAGAAGUGAUGUUCUCUCGGAUCCGAGCAGGAAGAAGGUUGGUUUUGUGGCAGGCCUGAGCCUGGGAAUGUUGGAGGAAAGCAAAGCCCUCGUCACCCCCCCUGCCACCCCCCGACAAGCAGGCACCGUUCCCUUCAGUGACCUCACCCAGAGCGGCUCCCUGAGGUCCAUCCUGAAGAAAACCCCCAUGAGGCAACUCCUGGGCAGCCCAAAGGAAUACUUGAACGAUGCAGCUGGCAGAGGAGGAGGUGAACCUGUCCCAGUCUCCUACUGUGAAAAAACCUUUGAAGCAUCAGAAACAGCAGAGAACACUGAAAAUCUCGACUUCAAAACGCCCAAGAAGAAAAAAGUGACUUUUGGAGAAGUUCUGAGCCCUGAAAUAUUCGACCAAACCUUGCCUGCAAACACCCCCCUGCGCAGAGGAGCCUCCCCAGGCCUGAGCUCCAGCCCUUCCCCAAGGCCAGGCUUAACUGCAGAACCUUUCCCCAGGCUGGAGUUUGACUGGGAUGAUGAAUGUGUUGAACCUCCCCAAGAUUUCCUGGAGACUUCCUUUGCUGCAGAAGACCCUCCACCUGUUGAAAAUGCAGAAGCACCAACUGACAAAGCUGACGUGGUAAAAACUCGUUCUUCUGCUAAAAGGAAGCACAGGGCUGAGUCAGAGCAGGCUGAUGGCAAACCCUCAGGAGCCACCACCACCAGGAAUGCUGAAGGCACUAAAAAUCCAAGGAAGAACAAGAUCCCACGCCAGAAGAAUCCAACCACAUCUGCUCCCAAAAAACCACAGAGAUCAAGACAGACAAACUACGGGAAAAGAAGAAAGAGAAAAGUGAAAAAAUCUUUAUAUGGGGAAAGAGAGAUGGCUUCUAAGAAACCCCUUCUCAGCCCUAUCCCUGAAAUUCCAGAGGAUUUCUCUUCUGUCUCAUCUCCAGACUCACCAAAGGCAGAGGGGCUUUUUUCAGAGGAUGCAGCUGCAGAUAACCCUAAAUCCUGGAAUGCCUGUGAGGGUGUCCAGGAGAAGGUGGUGGUUGAAGGGGUGAGAGGGAAGAGCAUCAUCCCUGCAGUGGAUGUGGAUCCAAGCUCCGAGGACCUGGAUGUGGAUCCAAGCUCCGAGGACCUGGAUGUGGAUCCAAGCUCUGAGGACCUGGAUGUGGAUCCAAGCUCCGAGGACCUGGAUGUGGAUCCAAGCUCCGAGGACCUGGAUGUGGCAGCUCCCGGCAGCUCCGGGGAUGGGGCCCCUCAGGUGUCCCAGGGGGACCUGGAGGCUCCUUCUGGCACUGAGCAGGAGGUUUCAAACGUUGUGCCAGAUGCAGAGGGUGGUUUUGAUACAUCUGAGGGUUUCCAGCAAGGUGAAGAUGAAGCAAAGGAGAGUAGUUCCUUGACAGAAAAUGAGCAACUACAAGGAAGUCUCCUGGGAUUUCUGGAACAACAGGCCACUGAUGUACACGAGGGUGCCCAGGGAACUCAGUGCCCUCAGACAGGUUCUGUAAGUGGUAGCCCAGCAAGAGGAAGAAGAAGAAGAAGCAGCAGUGCCAUCUACUUUCCUCCUGUUGAAAACUUGGAAAUGACUGGAAUUGACCUCCCAGUGUCAUCUUAUAACGUGGAAGAAGUUUUGUGUGUUCCCAAAAGCUCCCUCCAGCCUUCCCGAAGGAAGGGCAGCGCCAGCGGCGAGACCAGAGUGCGGCGCAGCAUGAGGCUCAGGAGAGAGGCAGGAACUGAGGGACUGGCAUGGAUUCAGCUCCCCAGGGAGCUCCCAGAGCAGCCUCCCCUGCCAGCUCCCGCUCCCAAAUCCAGGAGGAGAGUCAGCACAUCCAUCCUGGCGGGGUCUGAGAACGUUCAGCCCCGAGAGCAGAGCCCCGGCCUGUUCCCAGCCCUGGGGAAGGAGAACGAGAACUCUGCUCGUUGUGCCCACGGGCCUGGCAGGAGGAGGAGGAGAAGUGCACCCACACCUCCAGAAACUCCUUGGGCUCAAACCCAGAAAAGGAGAAUCACAAAUUCUGUAAAUAAGGACAGAAAUAACACCAAACACUCGGAAGAAGCAGAAAAACCUCCCGAGGACACUCAGCGAGGUUUCAGCUGUCUCUGAUUUUCUGAAGUGAAGAUGAAUAUUAGAGUCUUAUGUUCUGUCUCAAGUGCUGUUUUCUCCUCUCUUCCACUUUUAUUCCCUUAUUAAUUUUCUGGAUAACUUAGAGCUAAUUUUCCAUGUCUUGAUGCCUAAAAUGCUUGAAGAUCAGACCUGUGGGGAAGACUGGCUUGGCUCAGGGGGUUGGUCUGGUACAGCUGUGGCAGGUAAUCAAGAGAAUAAAAUAUUCUUCACCCAUGA